UUAAAUGACUCAACUACCGUAUCUGUCAAACUUACCUCAUAAAAUCUCUUACCUUCAAUAGAGAACUUACCAUGUAUUUCUCUUUAUGCUUUCUUAAAUCUCCAACUAAUGGCACCAUAUUCUUCAUCGGAAAAAUUGUGCAUCUUCAAGCAGAACCAACAAUAGCAACGACCUUCUUUGACCAUAAUUGCUAAAAUUUAUUAUUAUUUGCUUGAUUUGUGUAGACUUUUCAGAUUCGUAAACCCUAGGCCAAUGUUUUAUUGGGGGUUAUAUGUUGACAACUUUGAUUCUUUUUUCAAUCGGGUUAUGUAUUUACAAUUUCAAUUUAAUUUCUUUUUGCUCAACUGUUGAACACCUUUUAUGCUUUAAUAUUUCUUGGUUGCGUCAAUUUCUAUUUGGUUGGUGCAACUAAAGGUUCAUCCUUGUUUAUUAAGUUCUGUAAUGCAAAUAACACAUGAAGCUGGUUUUGGGAUUUCAUACGAGAAUUCUGUCACUGCGCCUCUAUCAGUUAACAGGGUCACAUACUUUAAAGUUUUAUUUUCCGUUAUGCUCAUGUGCGCACCUUCAAUUCCAUACUUAUAAGGCAUGUUUUCAGUUGUUAUGUUGUUCGAAAAUGAAGAUAAUUUAUGCAACAGUUCUUUCUAUUGUUGUUAUAUCGUACGUAAAAGAAUGAGCAAACCACGUGGUUCAAACGCUAACAAAUGGACGGAUAAUGAGACAUCGAUGUUGAUCCAUAUCUUACAUGAUGAUGCAAGGAAAUACGCUAUUAAUGGUUCUUCCCUUAAUGGUCCAUGUUGGAGGAAAGUUAUAGAUGAGUUUUGGAUGAAAUCUUACAAGAAAGACGUUUUUGAUGAACCUCAAAUUAAGUCCAAAUACAACCGAUUAAGGACAGAAACAAAAAAAUUCAAGGACAUUCUUACAAGUUGCUCUGGAUAUGGUUGGGACCCCGAAACUAACACCAUUACUUGUCCAUCUGAGAUUUGGGCGGACUAUGUGCUGAAAAAGAAAGAAAAAAAUAUAAAUAUAUCCAAGUACAGGUACAAGGGGCUCGAACACUUUGACUUGUUGCGAGAAAUAUUUGGAAAAUCAUUUUCCACGGGAGAGCGCUUAGCAUACAGUACAAUGAAUGUUUCUUCACAACGAUCAAAUGAAGCUACCGAAGUGGAUAAAAAACCUUUUUUCUUGUGAUGACUACCUUAAUGAUACUGGGCCUAUGCAGGUCACGGGUAUUGGGACUGGGACUGGGAAUCGGACUAUGGCUGAUUCGUCUAUGGCAACUGAUUAUGGCACAUCCACAUAUCGCAAAAAGGGUCAUGCUACAGCUAUUGACAGCCUAAGUGAAUAUUUAAGGGAACAUUUGCAGUGGAAGAGAGACAGGGUGAAAGCCAAAGAAAAGAAAGAAGAACAAGCACAAGCGUCUAAAUCUUCUGAGAUUAUACCUAUUCCGAGAAAGUCGUCAUUACGCAAUUGUAAUAUGUCACGGACAAUUUUCUUAUUGAUGAAGAACAAUUUUCUCUGGCUAUUCCUCACUUGCAUGACCCCAGCUUUCGCAAUAUGUUUGUCCAUAUGUCCGAGAAAUGGCAAAUUAAGUGGGUUAAGGACUUGAAACAAAUCUCUGAAAAUUAGUGGUUGUUAAUCAGUGGGUUAAGAAAAAAAAAAUGCAGAGAACUAUGUUUUUAUCUUUUUAAUGUGAAACUACAGAUUAGUGGUUCUUUGAAUUUUGGCAAUUCCAUUUUGUUUAGAAUGCACAGAACAAUGUGAAAUUUCCAUCAAUUUUCAGUUAAUUGAUGUGAACUAUGUGUUGCUAUGUUGGAUUGUUGGCUUGUUUAAUGAAUUUGGUUUCAUUUCUGUACGAUGUUCAGUUAUAUC